AUGUAUCUACAAGAGAGCUUAAUCGUUGAAAAGGACGAAGAAUGGUUACAUGAGCUAGCUUUGCGUAACACAGCCAUGGAAUCGUCAAACUUCUACAUGAUAGAUUCGGUCAAGUUCAAUUUCAAAGAUCUAGAACUCAUCGCAAAAAACUGCAGCGAAUCGUUAGUAUCAGUGAAAAUCAGCGAAUGCGAUCUCACAGACCUUUCCGAUUUCUUCAACUACGCAGUAAAGUUACAAGAAUUCGGUGGAGGCGCUUUCAGUGAUCAACCUAAAAUCUAUGCCGAACUGAAAUUUCCCGCAGUUUUUAACUUCCAUGGCAUUGAAUUAAAUGAGCCAACCCGAAAUCCAUGUAAUCAUCCCUUUCACUUCCCGCUUAACAAGACUCGAUCUUCUCUAUGUUAA